CCCCCUGCUUUCUGUGCUGCUGUGUCUUCCUCACCACUUUCCAUCUUCAUCUCCAUCCUGUCUCAUGUUUUCUCUGUCCUGUCUGCUUCCUCAUCUCCUUUCCCAUCAAAUCUUUUCUUUAUUUGGCCCCUGCAAGAUUUUUAUGCUUUUCUAUGAGGGUCUGAAUUAGUUUUUCCUCAGGGAACAAAAUGCCACGCUCCUUUUUGGUGAAGCAGCCCAAGGUUCACGAUUCCUUGCCUUGCAACUACUACCAGCAGAACCAGGAGUCUUGGGAGGAUUCCUACUCCACCUCACAUGCCAUCACGGAGCCCACCAGCAAGCUGGCUGUCCGUUUCAGCCAUGAUGGAUACAUUCGUGUCAUUCCAUCAGUGUUACAGAAGUCCAAGCAGGCCUCGGGGUCUUUGUACUUACAAGAAUGUGUUGGUGGCAGCAGCGGUGAUGAGUUCUCCGACCAUGAUACGGACGAUCCGGACAGCCCGGUCUCCAGCACCAGCACCAUAGAGUCCGACUGUAGCGGUGCCGAGUUGGAGGCGAGUACCAUCAACGGCUUCCUCGUCUCUGAUGGACGCUCUCGCCGGAGAUGUCACCGCAAAGAGGCGAGCGGCGAGAGCGUGAGGUCAGCCGGCCGCAGUCCCAAGUCCAAAACCAAUGGCCGCCACGUAUGCGGCGAGUGCGGCAAAUCCUAUGCCACGUCGUCCAAUCUCAGCCGACACAAGCAGACUCAUCGUAGCCUGGACAGCCAGCAGGCCAGGAAGUGUCCCACCUGCCACAAGCUGUAUGUCUCCAUGCCUGCCCUUGCUAUGCACAUGCUAACCCACGACCUGAAGCACGAGUGCACGGUGUGCGGAAAAGCCUUCAGCCGGCCCUGGCUCCUGCAGGGCCACAUGAGGUCGCACACAGGGGAGAAGCCCUUCGCCUGCGCCCACUGCGGAAAAGCCUUCGCCGACCGCUCCAACCUGCGCGCUCACAUGCAGACGCACUCGCCGUCCAAGCACUACUCGUGCCAGCGCUGCCGCAAAAGCUUUGCACUCAAGUCGUACCUAAACAAGCACUGUGAGUCCGCCUGCUUCAGAGGACACCAAGCAGAGGACACCUGCAGCUCAGAGGACUGACAAGUAUUCAUCCUGCAAAGAUUAGUAUGCUAACCACAGCUAACUACCGCUAACCACCACUAACCAUCGCUAACGAUCGCUAACCACUGAUAACCAGGCUUCUCAGGCGAAUCACAUGCAUGCAUCCUUUCAAGCAAUAACACUUCCAUUACAACCACAUGUGUUUUUUUUAUCACUUUACUAUCUAUUUGUAAACUUUUCUCAUGGAACGAUAACUUAUUUGUGUAUCAAUGUAUUUAUUUUUUUAUUUAUUGCUAUUUAUUAUUGGAUGAUUUUUUUUGACUGAUAUUUUUUUUAAGAUUUGGAUUUGUUGAGAAGAAAAGACCUAAUAUAUCCUGCCACGCUUAUAUUCCUUCUAGCUGGUCAGAUUGGUGAAGACAAUAAAGAUGAUGAUGACAGUGACAUAUCUUGUUUGCUAGUGGUGUACAGUCACCAAGUAUUUUUUUACGUACUUUACUAUUUCUGUUUACUUUUAUUUAGUACAGUGGAACCUUGGUUAGAGUCAUUACUUCAUUCCAGAAGGUCGGACUCGAAACCGAAACGGACAUUCAUU